AGGUUUACAAUGUAUAGAGUUAAAAAGUAGGGAAACUAAGUUUUGGCGUCAUCAAAAGGACAAACCACGCACAUAUUUAGCAACAAUUGAGGCCAUCUAUUAUUUCCAGCUGGAAUAUCACCAAAGCUUCGUGCCAUCAGAAUAUACAGGACAAUAUGAUGAUUUGUUAUUUUUCUUUGUGUUCAUGUACGGAACGAUCAAAGAGUUAUAUGAUGGAGGGAAACAGCUCAAGGCUUACAGUUCACCAGAGACUGACAAAAAUAAAGCUGAGGCAUACAUGUUACUGAUUGAUAAAGAUUAAAUAUUUAACAUGUUAGUAACAUGUUAAUAGAAUAACUCUUUAUUUAUUUAGUUGUUCAUGCCUCCCAGGCAUUUCACUAAAGUUAUUAUGCAAGAGAGAUUUUGUAACAACUUGUCACAACUUAUUUAGUGUGUGUAUAUUAUGUCAUCACCACACAUGGUGACAUAUUGUUAUAGUCUCCAACUUUUUUGUGGACGGCGAUUUGUGAC